AGUCAUCUUCCAUUCCUCCCCAGAAGAUCUUCUCUCUGUUUCCAAAAUCUCGUUUCCUUAUCUCAAUCUCCCUCUUCCCAGUUCCUUAAUCUCUCUCUUUCUCUCUCUGAAGCUUUCAGUUUCUUCUUCCUUUUCACUGAAACCCAUCAUAUAUAACCAUUAAACCAAUCAUAUAAUGGUUCUCUAUUCGAAACUGCAUAUGGGUUCCUUUCUCCUCUUCUUGUUCUUCGCUUCUUCUCUCGCAAUCUCAUCAGUUUCGGCCUCUAAUGGCAUGACAGUGUAUGAAAUCCUGACUCAAUAUGGGCUUCCGAGUGGCCUCUUACCUGACUCGGUGAAAAAUUUUUCUCACACUGAUGACGGGAGCUUCGUCGUUGAAUUGGAGAAGCCCUGUUACGUUCAAUUCGGAAACUUGAUCUCAUAUGCUCAGAAGAUCACCGGCACGAUCAAGUACGGUUCGAUUACGAAACUAGACGGGAUUAAAGUGAAGCGAUUCUUGUUGUGGCUCGAUGUGGAUGAGAUCAGGGUGGAUUUGCCUCCCUCCGAUUUCAUAUAUUUUCAGGUGGGUUUCAUUAACAAGAAGCUUGAUGCUGGGCAGUUCAAGACUGUGCGCUCUUGCAAGGAUGGUCUCUCCUGUCAUGGUUCUUGGAAGGAUAUUCUCAAGGUUCCAACUCCCAUUAAAGAAGUCCCAAUGCUACUAACAGAGUAAGGGAAGACAAAACAAACCAUUUUAGAAGUAUAUACAAAAUAUCCAGUUCAUUGGCAUUCUCAAGCUGAUGCUCAGUGAAAUGGGGGAAAAAACAAGCAUUCUUGUGCUGGGCUUUGUUUUAGUCUUUUACCUGAAAAAACCGCCAAAAGCAGUUGGACAAGUUCUACAAUCUGAGUCCUUGUUAUGUUUUUAGGCAGUCCUUGUUUUCUUGUUUUGGAAGUUGGAACAAUAUGUACUGAAACUACCACAGACGGAUACUGAAGAAGUUUAUACUUAUCGUCGUCUCCUGAAUUUUGAUGUGCUUAAAUGAUGGACAACUUUAAAGGCCUGUAAAUUUUAAUCAAGUCAUUAUAUACAAUCUAUAUAUUUCAUCUUUCCUACA